GCUGGGCAGGAGGCAGCCAUGGGUCAGGAUUACUACUCGGUGCUGGAAAUCACUCGCAGUGCGGGGGACCCACACAUUAAAAAGGCAUACCGGAAAUUAGCGUUGAAGUACCAUCCACUAAAAAAUAAAGAACCAUCAGCACCGCACCGAUUUAGGCAGAUUGCCGAGGCCUAUGAUGUGCUGAGUGACCUCAGGAAAAAAGCAACGUAUGAUAAGUUUGGAGAAGAAGGUCUGAAAGGUGGAAUCCCCUCUGGAUUUGGUGGUGAAGAAGCAUGGAUCACCGGAUACGUUUACCAUGGGGACGCAGAAAAAACAUUCAAAGAGUUCUUUGGAGGAGAUAAUCCGUUUGCAGAUUUUUUCACACAAGAUGGUGCUGAGGUGAACACAGGAUUUGGCGGGCUGCGCGGGCGAGGGGUGAAAAAACAAGACCCCCCGGUCGAAAGGGAUCUCUACUUGUCUCUGGAGGAUUUGUACUUUGGUUGCACCAAGAAGAUCAAAAUCUCUCGUAGGGUAAUGAAUGAAGAUGGACAUACAUCAAGCAUCCGUGACAAGAUCCUGUCGAUCGAUGUACAUCCUGGCUGGAGUCAGGGUACCAGAAUAAUGUUUCCGAAUGAAGGGGACCAGGGCCCCAAUAUCAUUCCGGCUGACAUCGUUUUCAUUGUGAAGGAGAAGCCUCACCUGCGGUUUAUGAGAGAGGGGGAUGAUUUAAUUUACACAGCGUGCAUCGAUUUGGGAAAGGCUCUGAUUGGCUGUACUGUGGAGAUAGAAACAUUAGAUGAGCGGACGCUGAAUAUCCCCAUUAACGAUAUAGUUCAUCCAAAGUACAGCAAGGUGGUCCCAGGAGAAGGCAUGCGACUUUCCAAGGACUACAACCAGAAAGGAGACCUCAUCAUCCAGUUUGAUAUCCAAUUCCCAGAGCACCUCACUCCUCUGAAGAAACAGAUGCUUCGUAAGGCGCUUCUAUCAUGAGAUCUAUGUCACCGUGAUAAUGAUUAUGAUUUCUAUGUUAAAACAAAAAUAUAUACAUAUAUCUUUUAUAUGACUUUGCCAAACUGCUUACAGU